CCAUGCAGAAGGCCAAGCGGACAGUGGAGACGGAGUACGCAGUGGUGGGCACCUGGGAGGAUACGAAUAUAACGCUUUCCGUGUUGGAGGCGUAUAUACCUCGAUUUUUCCGCAAUGCCAAAGUGGCCUACUACUUGGGAAAAGACCGAUUGUCGCGAGUAAAUCGCAACAAUGUCACUCGAACCGUCAGCGAUGAAACUAAACUCAUUCUGAGGAAAAAUCUCACCAACGAGAUCGAGUUUUACGAGUUUUGCAAACAGCGUUUGUAUCUUCAGUAUGCAGCCUUAAGUCAUGGAAAGCGAUUUGGGGAGGAUGACUAUCUUUUGGUGCCGGAACAGCAAAACGAAUACAAUGAGGAGUAUUAGUAAAUAUACCUUGAAUAGGAACAAAGUGAUAAGCCAGUAUGAAAUGUAUAAGAAAACUCAGGACUGUUAGAACACAUUUUAAUAAAUGAAUCUGAACAAUUAUAAGUUUGUUCCACACUUGUAA